AUGACCUUUACACCCCGUAAUUGCAACUGCAUUACGGCCACCGUUAUGGUGACUGCAACCGCUUUUCAAAACCUUGGGUAUUAUUUGACUGUUAUUCGUCCUGAUAUUGCUUAUGUUGUUCAUAUGGUUGGUCAAUUCCUUUCUGCUCUUUACUCUAACCAUUGGGCUGCUUUGGCUCAUAUUAUUCGCUAUCUCAGGGGUACCAUCUUUCAAGGCUUACUAUUGUCCUCUACUUUCUCUUUGGACUUCGUCGCCUAUGUUGAUUCUGAUUGGAUUGGUGAUGUUAUUGAUCGCAAGUCUACAUUUGGUUUUAGUAUGUUUCUUUGUGAUUCCUGGAUCUCUUGGAAAAGCAAGAAACAAUCAGUUGUUGAUCGCUCUACUACCAAAGUUGAGUAUCGUGCUAUAGCUUAUGCCACUACUAAGAUUGUUUGGCUUCGUUGUCUCCUGUCUAAUUUUGGUGUCCAUUAG